CGGCAGUUUCGAGCAGGAUCCGUACUCAGAGCGAAACCCUCCAGCCCCCCCCCCCCUCCCCCACCCACCCCCCCUCCCCCCCGACAACAACAUGGGGCGCAAGAAGAUUCAGAUUACUCGCAUCUUGGACGAACGUAACCGACAGGUGACGUUUACCAAGAGGGAGUUUGGCCUGAUGAAGAAGGCAUAUGAGCUGAGCGUGUUGUGUGACUGUGAGAUUGCGCUCAUCAUCUUCAACCACUCCAACAAGCUGUUCCAAUACGGCAGCACUGACAUGGACAAGGUGCUGCUCAAAUACACAGAGUAUAACGAGCCUCACGAGAGCCGUACCAACGCCGACAUCGUGGAGACGUUGAGGAAGAAGGGCUCUAACGGUUGUGACAGCCCGGAGGCGGAUGUGGACGAGACUGUGGACCAGAGCCCCUACAUGGAUGACAAGUUCCGGAAAGUGACCGACGAUAUCGACGUCCUCUUCAAACGCUACGGGUCGAGCAUGCAAACGCCCAGCUUCAGUUUGCCGGUGACCAUCUCGAUCGGGACGCAGGGCAUCUACAGUGACCCCGGCUCCUCACUGAUCAGCCCCUCCCUGGUCACCACCUCCCUGACCGACUCCAGCCUCCUCAGCCCACAGCCGCAGCUGGCCAUGAGGCGCAACACACGGUCACCUGGUCUACCGUCCCGGCCCUCCAGCACCGGGGACCCAGGUACGAUGAUCGGGUCCGAGAUGUCCACGUCUAACGGUGGAUGUGCCAGUCCCCUUGGCAACGGCUACGGGAACCAGCGGUCGUCUCCGGGGCUGCUGAGCACAGACAGCCUGGGCAAGGCCAUGCCGCCCAAGUCACCGCCCCCCUCCCUGUCGCUCGUCUCUCUGGCCGGGAGGACCAAGCCCGACCUCCGGGUCAUCACAUCGCACGCCAAGACCAUGAUGGGCUCGCUGUGAGUACCGGGC